CCAUCAUGUCUAGCAGAGAUUCGAACGAGGCACAUAUGAGACAGAAGCGUGCCAGGUCGCAACUCAGCUGUACAGCAUGCCGUCAGGGCAAACUGCGAUGCAACCGUGCGACGCCAUGCGACCAGUGUACGAAACGAAGCAAAGACUCAGCAUGUUCUUAUUUACCUCCAGCAACCAAAUCAAGGGGCCCACAAGAUGUCAAAGGCCGCAUCAAGCAUCUCGAAAAACUUGUAGUCGACUUGAUGAAUUCGAGAUCAUCAGAUGGUAAUGGGACGACGACUAGCAGUAGAAGAUCAGAUAGCAUUGCUACCAGCACUAGAGAAUCUCCCGCCACCUCUCAAUCCGAAUCUUCGCAGCACAUGAUUCAAGGCUUGUCCGGAGCAGAUACUGCUCACACUGAGAUAACUCCACCUUAUAGUGGGGAUGAACAACAACAGCAUGAGACAUCACAACAACUAGAAUCGUUUGGACAUUUGCGCAUCAGUAAAGAGGGCACAAGCUAUGUUGGAUCGUCCCAUUGGGCGACAAUUCUGGACAGUAUCUCUGAAAUAAAGAGAGACCUAGAGAAUCCCGAAGACGAGGCUUCCGAUGAGGAAUUUGAUGCAUGGCGCAACGAAGAACCGCUAAAUGUCUACGAUCAAGAGUUACCGGGACUUCUGCGCUCCCCUCGUCGAGUCACAAAAGCCGAGUUACUAUCGUACAUACCACCCAAGACUGAAGCAGAUGCACUUGUUUCUCUUUGGUUCAGGUCACCACAUCCGUACAAGACAAUCAUUCACGCACCUCAGUUUCAGAAUGAAUACCGGCAGUUCUGGCGAUCGCCGGCCAGUGCACCAGUCACAUGGUUGGGUGUAUUGUAUGCAAUGUUCGGCAUGGCGAGCCUGUUUAGGAUACGUGCUCUAAGGAACCCUGACACACCGGACGUCCGGGCUACCCUCAACAAAGCAGACCUUUACCAGGAGUUGGCGGCGUCGGCGGCUGUACUGGGAAACUACAUGCGACCGAAGACUUAUACGGUCGAGUGUUUGAUACUCCAUGCUGGAAGCAACAGGACGAACAAUUACAAUGAUAUCUGGCUUAUCAUGGGUGUUGUCUUCAGGUUGGCUCUUCGCAUGGGUUAUCAUCGGGAUCCGAGUCACUACAGUAAUGUGUCAGUGAUCGCUGGGGAGAUGCGACGAAGAGUUUGGCAUUUGCUAUACAUGUUCGAUACCCUUGUAUCGUUCCAGCUCGGUCUACCUUCUAUGUUCCGUGCAGUGCAGAGCGACACCCAACCUCCGCACAAUCUCUAUGAUCAGGACUUCUCCGUACACAGCAAGACUUUGCCUCCCUCACGACCUGCUGACCAACUUACUCCUUCGGCUUAUGGCUCUGCCAAAACUAUGUUGUGUCAAGUAUUUGCUUUGGCAGCAGACAUGUCGCAUGCAACGACACCGCCCUCUUACACUGAAGUCAUGGCGCUAGACGCAGAGCUUGAGGCAAAGAGAGCGGCCAUUCCCCCAGGACUGCGAUUUAGAGACAUGGAGCUGUGUCUUACAGAAGAUCCGGAAUCAUUGAUGUAUCGCUUCAGUAUUGAUCUUCUCUAUCUCAAGAUCAAGACAGUCCUCCACCGUCGAUUUAUGGUGGCUACUUCGUCCCGAGCUGCAGCAAGCUAUUCACGAAUAUCUGUCAUUGGCUCGGCGAUGAAGACCCUUGAACAUCACCAGACAAUAUAUCGGGCAUCCAGCCCUGGUGGACAGCUCGAGAGCGUUUCUUGGUAUAUGUGCUCCAUCGGAACGUAUGACUUCUUGUUGGCAAGUAUGAUCAUAUGCCUUGAGCUAUCACGCCAGCUCAACAAACAGCCUGACCCAGAAACCGAUGCGAUUGCCACACGCGAAGACAUGAUAGCAGCACUCGAAGCCUCGAAACGAGUUUGGGAGGAAGCGGGCGACGAUGACUGUUUCUCCGAGCCUGUAUUUGGGACGGGCAGAGCAGGCCAGACCAUUGAGAAUGCGGCUGUGGCAGAGGUUAGGAAAGCGUGCAAAGCGAUGACACUCAUGCUGGAUAAAGUCAANAAAGACCAGGCUCGAGAUGUCGUACCUUCAUCACUACAAGGAGCAGGUUGGCAACAGAUGUCGAUGUCUGAGGGGCCGACGACAACGCUCGCUGAUCUACCCAUCAACAACGACUGGAUAGCAACAGACCAAUGGACUGCUCAGAACGAACUCUCAGCUUUAGACAACAUGAUAGACGUCUCCAACGACAUUGACUGGCAAGCGGUGGUGUCACAACAGCAACCAGAUCAAUUUACUUGGACAAUGGACGACAUGCUGGCUGCUAGUGCGUCCGGCAUCCCAGAGCCGGAUAUAAGCAGUGAAACCCGGCCUUUUCUUUUCCCAUCUGCGUGU